CUUGUGGGCUGCAGCAGAGGUUCACAGCGAUGGCAGAGGGGAAGCCUUACCGGUACGGACUCAUAGUGGCCGGCCUCUCUGUGGUUGCCGUGGGCAUGUUCCUCAUGAUGCGGGAGCGCCCGCACGUCUACGUGACGAUGUGCGUCGUCGGGGUCACCAUGGUCUGUGCUGGGACAGUGUGGAGCCUCUGCCAGUGCUAUCCCAAGAUCGUCGUGACGCCCGUGAUUCACAAGGAAAGCCUGGAGGAUCUGAUGUGCUCUGCCAGAGAUGAGAGGCAUGCCGGGUGUCGGCCGGGUUCCUGCGGCCAAAAGUCGGACGGCGUGCCGACGAAUGAGAGCCGCAGCUGUCCCACGCUGCACCUGGUCUGAAGGAGGGAGCGAAGCGAACCCCACAAACUUCACUGGGUCAAAAACACAAGCAACUCAGGACUGAAGCCGAAUGACAGAACCAGCAACACACACAAAAAAAAUAAUAUAAUAUAUGUAAUAGAACAAGUCUUGUGCUGCUAUUGAAAGGAAAUUAUCCUGCGUGGGUGGGUUCUGUUGUCAUGGGAAAUGAUUUAAUGAACGUGUUUUACGUGGUAGUCCCAGCAGAUGGCGCUGUUUACAGAGAAAAAGAAGGAUUUGUAAUAUUAUUAUUCCACCUGAAGAAAUGUGCGUGUUUUUAAAAAAUACAUUUCCCAAAACAG